UUCUCUUUCUCUCCAUCUCAGCCACAGGCAUCAAGUGACCUCCUUGGAUGGCUACCCGAGGUAGGCAGGAAAGUCUCUCAAGUCCCCAAACUUGGCCAACUGACUUAUUCUUUCCUGAGCCAGGUUUAGAAUAAUGCCCGGUUCCCCUGGCAGCCAAACACUUUUAAAAGCUAACAACAACACAAUUGGGAGAAAUCAUCCAGGACUAGAGAGGCUGAGCAGCUUUAGUGCUGUUGGCACCUCUGUUCCCCUCCUUUCCCUAGUAUACGGUUGAGGGAGACAGAACCAGGGCCCCUAAGACUUGCUUCCUGGGCGGCUCAAAGGAUGUCAGGGAAGCAUUACAGAUGCCCUCACUCAUCCCUGGCCCCUUCUGGUCCGACCUGUGAACAUGCCACACCCACACCUGCACUUUGCUGGAGGUCUGUCUGCAGAUUGUCCCAUGGUGAGUCCCUUCUCCCACUUUUGGAUGCCCCUAAAUUUGUCCCUGAGUCAGAGUCUGAGAGGCCUCUCCCUUGGACAGGUCCAAAGCCCAAAGGAUAAUGGUGUCCCAUGGGCCAGGGUUCAACCCCCUGGAGUGGAGAGUGGAUGAGCAGAAAUCCCUCAGCUCCCAAAUAAUUCUCCUCCUGGAGAAGCCUGGAACUGCGGUAGAGGUGGGGGGCGUGGUAAGUAUGAUGAAGCUGCUGGGUUGGGCAAAGCUGGGCUGGGCUGACCCCUCCCCAGAGUGGGGCGGGACCCCAGGAGGAACAAGGGAGCAGGGCCUCUGGAGAGCUGGAGAGGACCAGACACUGGAGAGGAGAAAUGGCAGGAACGACCCUUGGAGCCCGCUUCUACCGGCAGAUCAAGAGACAUCCCGGGCUCAUCCCGAUGAUUGGCUUCAUUGGCCUGGGCAUGGGCAGCGCUGCGCUCUACUUGCUGCGACUCGCCCUGCGCAGCCCCGACGUCUGUGAGUCGAGACUGGCCCCGCUUUGGAACUCCACGGAUCCCCUCCCCGGCCUUGUUGCUAUGGCGACGCCGCUCAGUCCGCUGCUGGUGGCCUUAGGCUGGGACAGAAAGAACAACCCAGAGCCCUGGAACCGCCUGAGCCCCAACGACCAAUACAAGUUCCUUGCAGUUUCCACUGACUAUAAGAAGCUGAAGAAGGACCGGCCAGACUUCUAAGCCUGGCUGCAGUGCAAGUCCAUGUAAACCACCACCAGCCAGUCUACUCAUUUCUUCCACUCCCCACUCCCAACCCCAGAGCGCCACUCCAGCCACCCUGUCCAGCCUCUGCUUACACAGGCCGGGUUCCCACGAGGAGAGGAGUAGCUCCACCCCCCUCCUCUUCCCCUGUUCCCAGCACCGGAAGGGCCUCUGACCCUCAGCUGAGUCUCAGGAGGGGGAGGGGGAGUUCGGAGGGCAGGCAGCAGCCUAGUCGACCCAAAAGUCCCAUGCCAGCUCGUCCCGCUACCCGGGCCUCACAGGGUGUGGUACAUGCUACGUGUUGAGCGUGGCCUACGUGAGAGCCGCGAGCAAGUGGGGGCCUGAGUGCCAAAUGACGUGGCAGGCCCCACAUUAGCCCAGGCUCUGGGUGCCAGCCCAGGGGCGGUGCUGCCCUGGCUUGCUGGUUGUUGACAGCCCCGCCAGCUUGGGAUGAGACACCCAGGAAGGUACGGCUCCCUCCUCCCAGUGCCCCAGCCCACUGCCUCCCAUGCCAGUGUCCCCCCCACCAGCCCCCGCUCCCGCCACACACCUGGUCUUCUCUCUGCCUUCCCCACCCCUCCCCUGCUCCCCUCUGUCCCCCGGGAUCAAACAGAAGCAGCCGUGGGCAAAAUACAAUUUCAUUUAACAAAUUGAA